AUGAGUGCUGAAAACGGCAAAAAUUCAAUAAAAGGCGAUUCUGAUGUUUCAUCACUUCGUCCAAUCGCUGACGAUGCUUUCUUUGUGGUAAACGAAGUUGUUAUGAAGCAUUUGGGUCAUGUCCCGAUUCUCAAGGGUGAUUUUCAUUUGCUACCCAAUAAGGUGCAGCAUUUUGUGGCUGAAAAAACAGAACUGAUGCGUCCACGUGGUAUUUUCAUUUGUGAUGGUUCACAGCAUGAAGCUGAAGAGAUUAUUCACAAAUUGGUAGAGCGUGGAAUGCUCUCAGAAUUGAAAGCAUAUCAAAACAAUUACAUAUGCAGAACAGAUCCCAAGGAUGUAGCACGAGUGGAGAAUAAAACGUGGAUGGUUACAUCGGAUAAGUAUCAAACCGUAUGCCAUGUGAGAGAAGGUGUCGAACCGAUUAUGGGUCAUUGGAUGUCUCCAGAGGUUUUCGGUGAAGAGUUGGAUUCAAGAUUUCCGGGUUGCAUGGCAGGUCGCAUCAUGUACGUGAUCCCGUUCUCUAUGGGGCCUAUCGGUGGUCCAUUAUCGAAAAUCGGAGUUCAGUUAACCGAUGCGAAUUACGUCGUUCUUUGUAUGCGCAUAAUGACUCGUGUAUCAUCGGAAGUUUGGGAUGCACUCGGUGAUAAUGAUUUUGUGCGUUGUAUACAUUCGGUUGGACUACCUCGACCGGUCAAACAGCAUGUGAUCAACCACUGGCCGUGCAAUCCGGAACGUGUGAUUGUAGCGCAUCGUCCGGCCGAACGUGAAAUUUGGUCAUACGGCUCGGGAUAUGGUGGCAAUUCUUUAUUGGGAAAGAAGUGCUUCGCAUUGCGCAUCGCAUCGAAUAUUGCCCAUGAUGAAGGAUGGAUGGCGGAGCAUAUGCUCAUUAUGGGUGUGACACGUCCGAAUGGCAAAGAACAUUUCAUCGCAGCUGCAUUCCCAUCAGCUUGUGGCAAAACAAAUCUAGCGAUGUUAGAACCAGCAUUGCUCGGCUGGAAAGUUCGCUGUGUUGGCGAUGAUAUCGCUUGGAUGAAGUUCGGUGACGAUGGACGUUUAUACGCAAUCAAUCCUGAAGCAGGCUUCUUUGGCGUUUGCCCAGGAACAUCCAACAAAACUAAUCCAAUGGCAGUAGCCACCUUCCAGAAGAAUAGCAUCUUUACGAAUGUGGCCGAGACUGCUAACGGUGAAUAUUUCUGGGAAGGUCUCGAGGAUGAACUCAAGGACAAAAAUGUUGAAAUUACGAAUUGGCUGGGACAAAAGUGGCACAUUGGUGAUCCCACACCAGCAGCACAUCCGAACUCACGUUUCACUGCACCGGCCAGACAAUGCCCAAUAAUUCAUCCAGAAUGGGAAUCACCAAAAGGCGUCCCAAUUGACGCGAUUGUUUUCGGUGGAAGAAGACCUGAAGGCGUACCGUUGGUUUUCGAGACGUUCUCGUGGACGCAUGGUGUAUUCACUGGCGCAUGUCUGAAAUCGGAAGCAACUGCUGCUGCUGAACAUAAGUCCAAAACCGUCAUGCAUGAUCCGAUGGCGAUGCGUCCAUUUAUGGGAUAUAACUUUGGCAAAUACCUUCAACACUGGCUUAAUCUUGAGCGUCCGGAUCGCGAGAUGCCCAAAAUCUACCACGUAAAUUGGUUCCGUAAGAACGAAGAAGGCAAAUUCAUGUGGCCCGGUUUCGGAGACAAUAUCCGCGUUAUCGACUGGAUCUUACGUCGCCUUGAUGGUGAACCCGGAAUCGGUAAAGAAACGGCAAUUGGUGUUGUGCCGGUUGAAGGAUCGUUGAAUUUGAGUGGUAUUGAGAAGAAGGUGAACUUUGAUGAUUUGAUGAGUGUGCCAGGUGACUACUGGCAUGAAGAUGCAAAAGAAGUUCGUCACUUCCUUGAUGAUCAGGUACUUUUUAGUUAUUUCAUUUCAUUUUUGUUACGUAUGGCAGUACCGUACAUGAGAUCAGGUUAG